UGUUCGGCUGUAUCCGCCUCUGUCGUCACCAUCCUGCGCGUGACUCCAGCUCAGCCUCACCUGUCUCACUCCGAGUGGACUUCAGUCAAACCAGGAGCUCGUAAAAACAGAGCAGCUGCUGUCGGCUUCUCGACCUCCAGCUGGGAGUCAGAGCAGGUCGAGUCUGAAAGUGAAACAGCUUAAAAAAAAAAAAAAAAGAAGUUCGCUUCAGUCGCUACUUUGUUCCUCUUUGAUCCCGCCGGCUUCACCUUUCUGUUGGCUGCACGCGGACACAACCAUCGUGUUUUAAAUGGGAGCGCGCUGUCCAGUCUUUAGAAAUGCCCCAACAUAACAUGGAAAACUCAAGGAGCCAGUGGCAGCAGGGUUUGCGGCCGCCGUGGAUCAGCAGAGUGGCUGGAGGUCAGAGUCCCACCUCCUCAGGGGCAGAGUCUGACACCGAGAGCAGCAGCACCGAGAGCGAGAAGCCAUGUGUGAAAAAGCUCGAGGUGGGCUCCCUGAGGGUCCCACCGUUGCCUUUAGUGGUCCAACAUCGCAUCACGGAGAUCAACCAACAAAAGGAAGAGCUGAAGAUUGAGCUGCAGCUGGAGGUCGCCUUGCUGCAAGGAGAGCUGCAGACGGAGAAGCAGCAGCUGCAGCGACACACGCAGAAGCUGCUGGGUCUGCAGCAGCAGAACAGACGGCGAGAGAAGCACAAGCACGCUGACAGGCUCAAGGAGCGAGAGCGUCUGGAGGAGGAGAGGCGCAGGGUGGAGGAGCUGAAGAGGAGCUAUGAGGAGAAAGAGAAACUGAUCCCCAGUCAGUCUGAAAGUCAAAGAGAGCAGCUCAGACUGCAGCUGCAGCAGGAGAGGGAAGUGAUGGAGGCUGCUGUUCGGGCUUUUGAAGAUUGGGAGUUUCGUGUUCUGGAACAAGAGAGCGGCUUGGACGAGGAAGACAAUGGCACGUUGGAGAAAACGAAGCAGAGGGAGAGUGAAGGGGAGAUGGAGAAGGAAAUCUCAUGUCAGCAGCAUGCAGUCAACACAGCACAGGAACGAGUCCAGCAGUUGGAGAGACAGCUGAGAGAGAUGGAGAAGGAGAAGGAGGUGGAGCUGAACGCCCUGAGGAACGAGAAGAGAGAACUCAUCCACACAACUCAAAUGGUUCUCAAGGAGAAGAAGCCGCUCACUGAUUGGUCAAACAUCACCGGCUCGGCUCCAUGCAUGAUGUCACUUUCUCCUCUGACUGUUCACAAGCCUCCACAGGAACCAAUCAAAGACGCUGUCAGUUUACCCAGACGAAAGAGCUCGCAUCGCAACAACAGACUCAGCGACAGGCCGCUUUCAGUACAGGGAUUAGUGAGAUCACUUCCAGACAGUCAGAUCCCAGAAGUUUACGUCUCCCCAGUCUCAUCCCAUAGACUCGGCAAUGGGCAUAGUAACGGCCUCAGACCUGUGUCCGCUAACGGUGGCACUCUUCUCACGCCAUGCAACAGUGCAACAAGCUCUCGUGCUGCCAGCCCGUGCCUCUUAGAUCUCGUAGAGAUUGAGAAGAAACUGAGAGAAGCCAAGGCAGAAAGAGAGAGGCUACUCCAGGAGCGGGAAGAGCGACGACGGUUGUUGCUGUUGGAAGAGAGGAGUCAAAGAGAACUUGACUCCACCAAAGAAGAACCACCUGAACCAGAAAACCAGCUCAAGCCAGAGCCUGAAGCAAAUGAAUCAUCAAGGGUCAUUUCUUCACCUCAUUCCUCUGAGCAGCGAAGCCUGCCCCUCUUCCUCUCUCCAAACUUUGACCUUCGGGCCCAUGUGGAGUCUCUGGGUCACGGUGUUGCCAGCUGUACUGACCUGCGCAUGACACCUCGACGCUGCGCGGGCUUCCUGACAAAACGAGGGGGGAGGGUGAAGACCUGGAAGAAGAGAUGGUUUCUGUUUGACACAGAUCACAGACGACUCGCCUACUAUACAGACUGUGACGAGAGGAAGCUAAAAGGAGUCAUUUACUUCCAGGCAAUCGAAGAAGUUUAUUUUGACCAUCUACGUACAGCCACCUCUUCUCCGCGGCCCAGCCUAACGUUCUGCGUGAAGACUUACGACCGCCUGUUCUUUCUGGUGGCGUCCAACGCUGUGUCCAUGCGGAUCUGGAUGGACGUCAUUGUCACGGCAACAGACGAGUACAGUCGUUACUGACUGUAUGUGACUGUUAAAGAAAGAGAGAAGCUCCUGGACGUACAGUACUGUGGGUUAUUUUCUCUCUUCCAUGUCUGAAAAGCUGCUUUGACCUGAGAUCUGCUUGAAAAGGCUCGUUCUGGACCUGAACUCAUAAAACUGAAUGGUCAUGUGAGAGUGAAGGAGUUGGAGGUACCUGGCAGAUGUGUUUGAACACACUGGAGGAAGCUGUUACUGACAGAAUGAUGGCAGCUCAGAGGUUCAUCUGCUGCAGAGCAGAAGGUGAAGCUCUCCAUGGCUUAGUCACUGUUACUCAGCAUCUUGCACACACGAGUCUGUUGCAGAAAGGUUGUGCUCUGAGCUGGAGCGCCCCCUGCUGGCUACAGUCCAGCAUUACAGGACCACUGAACAUUACACUACAGUACACUGAAGGACAAAACACCACGGCUGAGGUGGCCACAAGAGCACCAGCAUGAUGUGAUGGAGUCUAAACACUUUAUUUGGACUGUCAGUUGGGUAUUUGGGGUUAAAUAUUUUUAUAUAGUGUUAUAAGUUCCCAUCAUUAUGUCCUCAUCCUGCCUCUGGAUUUCUGA